AUAUUUAUUAGCGUGGCCUUUUGCACUUUAUCCGAUCCGAACCACAAAGUUCCGUACGCCUCUCCUCCGUUCAUUUUUCGAUUGCUCCAAAUCACCAUCUCCACACACAAGCAAUCUUUAUAAUAUAUACUACUGUUUCUAAAAACACAUGUGAAUUGAUUUACUCAUCUACUUGGAGGCAUUUCUGCUAUUUUCCCCCAAUUGUUGUUGUGAGAAACCUCCCGAGCUGGCGAUAGUUGCAGUGGCUGUAAAAAUGGGUCAAUUAUGUGACUUCUGUUCGGAGCAGAGAUCCACGGUCUAUUGUAGAUCAGAUGCUGCUUGCUUAUGUUUAACGUGUGAUCGGAACAUUCAUUCUGCUAAUGCUCUUUCCAGGCUCCAUUUGAGGACUCUUGUCUGUGAGCGAUGCAAUUCUCAGCCUGCAGUAGUCAGAAGUAUCACAGAGAACGCAUCACUUUGUCAAAACUGCGACUGGAAUGGGCAUGGAGACCCUACUUCAGAUACAGGGCACAAAAGGCAAACUAUCAAUUGUUAUUCUGGGUGCCCUUCUGCAAGUGAGCUUUCAAGAAUUUGGUCGUUCUUUUCAAUGGAUGAUUCUAGUUGUAAGCAUGAAACAGGUUCGAUGAGUCUGGAAGAGGAAGAUCAAAGCCUGUUGCACUGUCAACUUAUGCCUAUUGAAUACAGCAGAGUAGAGGAUGCUAUGGAUCCCGCGACUUCUGAUGCUGAUCGAAUUUGUGGAAAUGAUUCCUUGAAUCUUCUCGACGAGAAGGCACGUUUGUCUUACACAAGUGGUCUCAUUGCUGAUGAUGAUGACCUCUACAAGGACUUCAACUUCUCAGAUAUUGACUUGAGUUUUGAUAACUUAGAUGAGCUCUUUGGUGGAUCACCUGGUACACCGCAACAGCUUUUUGAGUUAGAUGGACUAGAUAGCUUGUUUGAAAUUCCAACUUUAUGUUGUGCUGAAAUCAAUAAGGCAACAUGCUGCAAUCCAGUAUUUGCCGACUCUGUGACAAGCUGUAGAACUUAUCCGAUCGUUGGCUUUGCAAGACAAGCACAGUCUAAUCUGUCAUUUUCAUUCUCUGGACAGACUGGUGAGAGUAACAACGGAGAUUACCAAGAGUGUGGUAUGUCUUCGAUGUUUAUGCUGGAGGAACCUCAAUGCCUUACCUCCUGUCCUGAAAGUCAAUUGCCAUCAGUCAGCAGGGAUUGUGCAGUCUUGCGGUACAAGGAGAAAAGAAAGUUACGCAAGUUUGGUAGAAAGAUAAGAUACCCUAACCGCAAGGCCAUGGCUGAUGUUAGGAAACGUGUCAAGGGGCGUUAUGUGAAAGCUGGAGAUCCAUAUGAUUAUGAUCCUUUGUGCCAUACAAGCAGCCAUUGAAUAGCAGUUUCUGGGCUUUAUUUGGAAAGAUGAAGUGUAUUAUAAAACCUUACCAACUACUGUUAGGAGCCUAUGGGGAGUGCGAGAAUAAUAAAUUUCUCAAGGUCUGAUACGUGCUUGCGCUAACUUCUGUGUGUAAAGAGAGAAAUUCUCUCUCUUGCUCAUGGCCAGAAGUUACCUUCCACGCAAACAAGUCUUCUUUUUCUGCAGCAAAAGCAAAAGAAUAUGAUGAUAUCGUGCUUUUCUUCUCCCUCGCAACAUAUCAUACAAGAUCAUUUGACAAUGAAGGAGCAGGAUCCCGGAGCACAUGAUUAGUUGGGUAUUGUAUGUAUCAUGCACAUAAGUGAGAUUCGUAUCAAUUGUUGCCGGAUUCUUUUCGGUUUUUGGAAAAUUACUGUAGUAACUACUGAAUUGUCUCACGAGUUUUGGUUGCUUGGGGAUGUUUGUUAUGCAUAUACGAGAAGGAUAGUCUGGACCAAGAGUGAGUUUUAAAAAUUUUGCUUCUCGUCA